CCUGCAUACCAUAGAGAGAGAGAAAGAGACAUCCAACUCUACUGUGUUAAUUUCGUAUAGCGAUUGUAAAUGUGAAUAUAUCAAAUUUAUUUUUUUAAAUAAUGUAAUUAAUAUGUAAAUUUUUUAGGAAUUCUACUCCUUAAGAAAGGGAGAAUUUCAUUUAUAUUACAACGAAAAAUUGUAAAAUAAGAAUUAACAUAUCAAUGUUGUGCGAGACGAAACAUCUAUUAAGCGUUUUUACAACCUAUUGGAUAAAGUUCCAGUUAGAUAAGAUACAUAAUAGUUUAAGUUGUCGUAGAGUUAUGGAUUCUUUAGCGAAACCUGAUAUUACACGUGGAGAUAAAAGACCCAUGUUAGAUGGUGACAAUGAAAAUGAAAUUAAGAUACAAAAAACAGAAGAAAGAACAAUACAAAGGAUCAAAAGAAAAAACCAUGUAAUUAUGCUGGGCUACCUUGGUAAAAAUUAUUAUGGAAUGCAAAGAAAUCCUGGUAUGAAGACUAUUGAAGAAGAUUUGGUUAAUGCUCUGUUGAAAGCAAAUUUGAUAACUACUGAACAUUUUGAAAAUUUACGUGUAAUUAAUUUUCAAAGAGCUGCACGUACAGAUAAAGGAGUAUCAGCAGUUAGACAGAUCGUCUCAUUGAAACUACAAAACCCAGACAAAACAAUAAUUAAUCAGUUUCUACCUGAUGUAAUUAGGGUUUUUGGAAUAAAACGAGUGACAAAAGGUUUUAACAGCAAGAAUCAAUGUGAUGCACGUACUUAUAGAUACAUCAUUCCUUCUUUUACUUUUGCACUAGAAAAUCGAAAUUUGUUAAAAAUUGGAGAAGAUGUUGAUACUAAUGAAAGGAUCAAACAGUUAUCAACUAUUGAUGGGAAACCAUAUAUUGACUACAGAUUGUCUGCAGAAUCUUUAAAUAAAUUAAACUCAAUUUUAAAACUUCUUGAAGGUACUCACAAUUUCCAUAAUUUUACAUCAAAAACGAAACCAUUAGAUCCACGUGCACGUCGUUACAUCAUCAGCUUCCGUUGUGUAGAUACUUUUGUUUCAAAAGAUAUGGAAUUUGUGGUGCUAGAAAUCAAGGGGCAAAGUUUUAUGCUGCAUCAGAUUCGUAAAAUGGUUGCGAUUAUAAUUGCAGUUGCGAGGAAUAUCAUACCUGAAGAAACAAUCAAUGAAGCUUUUAAGAUGGACAAAAUGGAAAUACCAAUUGCACCAAGCUUAGGAUUAUGUUUGUGUCAUGUACAUUAUGAUAAUUAUGCUAAGAGAUAUGGAACAGAUGGUAUGCAUGAGACAUUAGACUGGAAGGAAUGUGAAGAAGAAGUAGAAAAGUUUCAAAAAGAACAUAUUCUGCGAUAUAUAAUAGACACAGAAAUUUCAGAAAACACGACAUUAAAAUGGAUAGCAGCGCUUCCGGAAUAUUCAUUUAGUAAUAUGGAUGAUCUUCCCAUGGAAAAUGGUGAAAAAGAGGGAACUAUGGACAAUGACGUGUAGAUGUAUUACGUAUCGAUAAUUUGGUUUUGUCUCUUUUUGUAGUAAAUACAUUAUGGAAUAUAUUAAAUUUUUUAAAUUA